CUAUUUCACUCUUACCAUUUCUGUCUACCGCCGGUGCCAUUAUUGAUUUUUAUUCUAAAUAUAACCAACACUCACAAACCAUAUCAUUCACCACGUUUCUAAGCAUGUUGGGUCUCCGAGACUUGGUUCUCAUAGCUCCAACUCCAUCCAUGCACCAACAACAAAACCAACCCAUUAACUCUGAUCACCAUCCCAACCUUCCUAUACCUUCCUCAGCUUCACUUGGAGUUAGCCUCGGGAUUUUCCCGCUCCUCACUGCCACUCCAUGCAUUACACCACCUUCUAAUCAUGGUGUCCAAGAUUGUGGUAAUAACUCAAAUAACCCCAACUGUUAUUGGAGCCUAAAGAGAGGCCAAGAACAGAGUUGUGGCAAGAAAGAUGGACUAAAUAACAACACCACUGAAAAUGAUGAUUCUGAGCAAAUGGUGGAGAAUGGUAUGAGAGUGUGCAAGGACUGUGGGAAUAGAGCCAAGAAGGAUUGUAGUCAUAGGAGGUGUAGGACCUGUUGUAAGACUCGUGGUUAUGAUUGUUCUACUCACGUGAGGAGCACGUGGGUGCCAGCAGCUAGAAGAAGGGAGAGGAAGAUGUUAAUGGUGGGUGGUGCUAGUACUAUUGGUGGUAGUUCGUCUGGGUCUUCUUCUGGUGUUAAAAGGACAAGAGUUGUGGUGCCAAACUUUAAUGUUACCAGUGCUUCUCAUGCUUCUACUUCUAAUGCUACCACUCCAAGGAGUAUUGACAUUCGCUCCAGACAUCAAGAUGCAAGUUUUAAAAAGUCCUUACCAGGCCAAGUUCGUGCACCGGCGGUUUUUAGGUGUCACAGAGUCACUACCAUCAGUGAUGGUGCAGCUGAGUUUGUCUACCAGGCUACUGUGAGCAUCAGUGGCCAUGUAUUCAGAGGGUAUCUCUAUGAUCAAGGGUUUGAUGAGAAAAAUGCAUUCCCAAGUAUUUCACAACUGCAUUUGGUAAGUAGUGGCAGUGGAAGGAAGAGGGACGCUUCUUCAUCUCCAAUUGUGGCUCCAUCAAAUACCCAUCCGGCCCCUGUCAGCUGAAAAUUGCUCAAUGGUGAUGAAAGAGAGAUCCACAUUUAUAGGUUUUUGUUUGCUGGACAAGUUGAGUAUCAAAAACUGUUAAUGUAAAGUGUCUUCUACAGAAUAUAUAUGAGAGAGAGAGAGAGAGAGAGCAGAAGGAGACUCCUUUGAAAUUCUAAUAUUAGAAAAACGGCAUGUAAUUUUUGGGGCUUCAUGGUGACUAGCU